AAUUUACUAAUCUUAGUAAACGGAGUGUAUUUUGCCCUUCAAAAUCUGAUUAACAAAAGAAUACAUACAAGAUAAGAGUAGGCUACCAACCAACAAAUUAACUUCCCGUCCACCUCUCCAACUUCUGCCUUUGUAUUUUGCUUUUCCUUGGAUCAAUAUUAAAAUAACAUACUUCAGACCAAUAUACCCUCCAUUUCGUCUUAAUAUCAAUGACCUACCUUUUGGUCUGUUUCGUCUUCAUUGUAAAAUGACCAACAACGCCUUUCGGGAUGUCCACACCACACCACACCACAGGAUAAUAACUUAUGUAAUAUGUCUGUAGAGCUUUUGAGGGCAAAAUGGUAACUCAAAUUGGAUGUAGCUAUGUACGUAGGAGACGUAAUAUGAAUCUGUGAUGGAGGGCAGUAUGAAAUUUAAAUGCGACCAUUGAGGGCGAGGGCUUCUAUCUCUUGUAUUUUCUAUAUAUACAAACCACAUGGGGAUCGGUCGAUGAUCAAAUUAUUACAAAGGAAGGAGAGCUCCUGCGUAAAUUACAGACACACAAAAAGAAGAUGGUGAGCUACUUUUGCGGCUGGCACAAGCUUGUGAAUGAUUUCAUCUACAAACUAGUUCUGCUAAACCUGUUGAUAUGCAGCUGCCUCAGCCUCAGCAGAUCAGUUUCAAUGGCCUCGGCCGCCGAUAUUGAUGAUCAAGUACUAGUGAACAACAAUAACCCAUUAAACCAACUCAUGUCCAGCCAAGAAGAUAUGGUCCAAAUUGCUGGAUAUGGAGAAGAGAAGCUUUCCACCGUCCUAAUUACAGGCUCCGUCCAUUGCGAGGAGGCUUGUAAUAAUUUGCAUGCUCAAACUCAUCAUCCUGAUUAUCAACUUCAUCUUCAUGCAUGGCCUCUCUCAGGUGCUUUGGUUUCUGUCAAUUGCCAUGUUAGUGGGAGAAAAAGAAAAUCAAGCUUGGCACAAGGCUUAGCAGAUGAAUUUGGGGAUUUCAUUAUUGAUCUUCCUUCCAAUCUACAUGCAAUUCCCAACUUGCACAAAACAUGUUCGGUUAGAGUAGUUCGAAUACCAAAGAACACACAAUGCAGACCAGCUUAUGUCAGGAGGCACAAGGGACUGAAAUUAUCGUCAGUUGGUAACGGUAUCCGGACUUACAAUGCUGGAAAUAUAAGGUUCCAGCAUUUGACCUCUAAACCAUCAGAAGCAUGCAUUAAUAUGCUAUCAUCAUAGAUACUCAUUAAAUAGUAGACCGGGAUCCAGCACCACAGUUCAUCUGGAUGGCGCUUCAGUCACAGCAUUGAGAUGCAGGGGUUCGAACCCAUUCUACUUAUCAUAUGUAAAGUAUAUACAGUUAUAGGAAACUAUGAUGACAGUUAUAUAAUGUACGUAAAAACUGAAAAAAGAAAUCAUAUUUUGUUAUAUACGCCAA